AAUACAAGCACAAGCAUUAAGGAUAUGUAGUGGGGCUUUUAAAACAACAUCUGUGCCAGCGUUACAGGUAGAAAUGGGGGAAAUGCCAUUGGAGCUAAGAAGACAGCAAAUCAUGACAACAUACUGGGUGAAUUUACAAGGACAUAAUAACCAUCCUGCAAUAAGUGCUAUUGAACCAUGCUGGGAACAUGGAAAAAGGCAAAUAAAUAGCUUUGGUUGGGUUGUUAGGAAAAGGGCAAGUGAAAUGGGUAUAAUGGAGAGGAAUUACUCUCCAACAGUAGUUCUGCCAACUAUACCUCCUUGGUUUUUACCACAGCCAGAGAUAGAUUUUAGCCUCCUUGAACUGAUGAGAGAUGAAUAUGGGGGAAAUUAUAAGAUCUUUAAUUCAUACAUCAGAGGAAAUUAUUACGGUUAUUUACAGAUUUAUACCGAUGGUUCUAAAGAUCCUAAAACAGGUAGAGCAGCAGCAGCAGUAGUAAUCCCUGAGUUUAAUGUUGAGUGUGGAAAGAGAAUUACCGAUGAUAUAUCUGUAUAUGCAUGUGAAAUGAUGGCCAUGAUUAUUGCUUUGCAAUGGGUAGAGGAGGUCAGGCCAGAGAGAGUGGUAAUUGCAUCAGAUUCAUGUGCAGCAUUAAUGAGUUUAAAAUGUUGCAACUCCAGGAGUAGAGAGGACUUACUGUAUGAAAUACUGCAAUCAUUAUUCAGAAUUCAUCAAAUACAUUUGUCUGUUAGGUUUGUGUGGGUCCCUGCACAUGUUGGAAUUGAUGGGAAUGAAAAGGCAGAUAAAGCAGCAAAAUGUGCUUUGAAGAGUGGAAAUAAGCACAUAAAUAUAAAUAUUAGCAAGUCAGAAGCUAAGGUGGUGAUAAAGGGACAGAUCAAAAAGAUGUGGCAAAAUCAAUGGAACAAAGAAACCAAAGGGAGAUAUCUGUUUAAAAAUAUUCCAUUAGUUGGAAAGAUAGGAACUGGAGGACGAAAUAGGAAAGAGGGGAAGGUUAUAACAAGAAUAAGGAAUGGUCACACUGGUCUAAACAGUUCUCUGUAUGAUUGGAAAGCAUAAUAAUGGAAAGUGUGAAUAUUGUGGAGAGGAAGAAACCGUAGACCAUGUUUUAUUGCAUUGCCAGAAGUAUGAUUCAGAGAGAGAAAUUUUAAAGAAUGCACUAAGAGAGAAUGGAGAGCAAAAUAUUAGUAAUAUUCUUAAAAAAUCUGCAGAUGAUAAGGGUUGGAGUCUACUUCUAGAGUAUUUAGGAUCAACAAGACUAA